UGAAUAUAAAGUAUUAUUGUCAGGGUCAUAGUGAUAUUUGUAUGAGUAUGAAAUCUUUUUAACUACAAAACUCUUUAACAUUAAAGGAAAUAAUAUUAUUGUUUUUCUGAACUUUGAAAGUCUGAGAGUAUUACUGUCAGGGUCAUAGUGGUCAGUAAAAUAUUAGACACUCGUGGGCAAAGAAACCGGGUUGGAAUAAUUCUCAAUGGAAAAUUUAGAAUAGUGCUAAAUAUGGUCGUAAAAAAGAACCAGUUGCAAGAAAAUAUGUUCUUAACAUUGUAGACUGAAGAUUCUCCCGUUGAAUCAACAGUAAUGGCACCUGUAUCCCAACCACCACCAACAUCAAUCAAUAAUCGUUUACGAUGUCCUGCACCAAUAUCACGUUUACGUGUCGAGAAAAUCGAAGGUGGUUUAAUGGUAGCCGGUGUUGUAAUUGCUGCUAAUUGUCAAAUAGUUUUACCUGUUUUUGGUUUUUUAUUUACAUUCGUUGGUUGUGUUUUAACAGCCGCAUCAUAUCGUGGUCCUGGUGUAGAUGAAGGUCCUGAUUCAUAUGCAAAUCGUAUUGCCUUAACUGGAAAUAGUCGUAUUUUAGGUCCAGCAUGUAUAGUCAUUGGUGUAAUCAUGCUUGUUUUUGGUGUUCUAUUAUGUUUUCUCACACGACGUGCCCGAAAGAAGGAACAAUGUGUUGGAUUCCAUUGCCCGAUACAUGGUGAUUUUUAUCCAUUAAGUCCUGUAUCAAACUCAAAAACUAUUGCUGCUAUACAAAAUAGUAAUGAUUCUGGAUAUUGGUCGCUAUGUUGUCGCCGUAACAGUCAUCUGGGAACAGUACAUGUGGCACCUCCAUUAUGUCCACAUAGUCAAGUGCCAAGUGCUCGUAGUUCAUUGAGUGGUGCAUCACCAGUUAGCCAAUGUCCAACACCGCAACCAUUUUUAGUCCCAACUGGUUCUAUUGGGGGAUUAGUGCCAUUAGCUACACAAUUAUCACCCGAUCAAACAUUUGGAUCAAUUCGUUCCCUUACUGUGAGUCGUGAUAUUGCAAGUUUUCCAUUAUCAAGAACUCCAAGUCCGCCACCUCAUUAUGGGAUUGAUGAAAAAUUAAUCAACAAUAGUCCACCAAGUAGUCUAAAUUUCGAAAUUCUACAUGCAUCAACAAAUACAUUAGAUACAACAAAAUCCUUAGGAGGUCCCCGUAAAUCAGUAUCAAUAUUAUUACCGAACGAGGAAAAAGGAUGACAUACGGAUUCCUUUCUGAUAGCCUUAUAAGAAACAUUCAUAGAGUGAGAAAAACAGAGACAUUCGGGAGAAAACUAAGAUAAAAAAUCGUGAUAUUUUAAAAAUAAUUGAUGAGAUUUAUUCUAAAUAAAAAACCAACCAAAAAUUCGGGGUAAUUAGUAUAAUAAUUAACAUUUUUCAUGCUCAGUAUGUAAAGAACA